UUGCAGGCUUGCAGCCCAGCCAAACAAACUACAGACAAGCGAUUCGGUACGCCGGUCAAAUAGUACGCGCGCUACCGCCCUGCACAAGUGGCCAUUUCAGGUCCCUUUUCCAAGUCAUUUCAAUCUUUGACGACUCACUUUUACGCAGCAGGGUGACUCUGAAGCCGCCGUAACCAUAGUAACCGAUGCCUGCAGCGGAAGAAAGCAGAGCCGGGCAAGAUGAGGCAGGCGAUUAAAAGCUGAGCCGACUGCAGACAGACCGCUGCUGGAUCACCUCGAUUAGGAGCGGCUGCCCGACGGAGUGAAGGCGCCAACGGCGUGUCAUGCGGGCAGUCGUUAUCUUCGCGCGCUCGAGAUGCAUGGGCACCGCACACUGCGCGCGCUCAACUGGCGUAUUUGUAGGAUGUGAUUAAAGGAAAAAAAAUGUGCAAAAUAUAAAAUGGACACUUGAUGGAAGCGCAGCAGAAUUCCUUUCCCUGGAUAACCGCAAUUCCCUCGCUACUCCUACAUUCAGAUUCAAGGGGGAAAAAAAAGAAGUGACAAUAAAGCGUACAUUUUAGAAGGUAACACGAAGACAUCUCGCUUUUCAUUUUGGGUGUGGAUGUGUGUGCAGAGUGUCGCCGGCCAGCCCUGAAGUGUUUCUGCUGCUGUUCACCGCUACUGCUAUACGGCACCGAAGAGAAAUAAAAGUCGGGACACUUCUGCAGCUAUCAGGAAGUGUGGUCUCCGGCGUCACCAAAUGAGCGAUCGAUGAAGCAGUAAACGGAGCACCGCAAUUAAGUUAGUGGGCAAGAGUGAUCAGCCAAAUUGUCACCGGCAGUGUUAACCUCCAAUCUUGUUUUGGUUUCCCGUCAGCAUUUUUAGAUCCAGUAGAUGAUUUCACUGGAUUUCCAUUAGGUGGGUAGUCGGCACAAAAUCUAAUCAUAUCUUGUCUGAAAAACAUAUAGUGGAACUGCCGCGCAUUCCCCGCGAAAGGAGCUGAACUGAGUAACAUUUUUAAAUUUAUUUAUUAAUUUUGGAACAGUUCUCUUCGUUGCCGCUGCAGAUGCACUGAAGAUGCUGCCGGGCUCCAUUCAGAUCACAGGAGAGUCCCUGGCCGGAGCUGAAAUUAAAGACAUUUGCGACAGCCUCCGUGAGAACAGCGUCCGGCUACUGUCCGUGCGGGGCUGCCAGCUCUCCGAUCGGGACUUCGGCCGCGUGUGUCGGGGUGUCGCUGACUCGCACUCGCUGGCUCAGCUCAAUCUCAAUCUGGGGGUCGUCUCCAACAUCGGCCGGGUAAAGCAAAUCGCAGAGGCUCUGAAGACCAACCGAUCCAUUCAGACAUUAUUCCUCCAUGGAAGUCCUCUCACAGACACAGGCUUGGCAGUUUUGAACCCGGUGCUGUCCAUUCACCCGUCUCUUGUUUCUCUUGAUCUUGGAGACUGCAUGUUGGGAGAUGAAGGUGUCCAGCUUAUCUGUGGGAUGCUACCACCGGACGGAGCAAAAUCAGGAUUGAAGGAACUGACCCUAAGUGCAAAUCCUGCUGUCACUUGUAAAGGAUGGGCUCGCUUAGCCAUUGCAGUUGCCCACAGUUCCCAGCUCAGAGUUUUAAACCUGGACUACAAUCCCCUAGGUGAUCAAAUUGCAGGAAUGCUGGCAGUCGCAGUGGCUUCAAGCCGAACGCUGGAAGUUUUAGAUUUAGAAGGGACGGGCCUAACCAACCAGUCUGCACAGAUCUUCCUUGACAUGGUAGAGAACUACCCGACAUGCCUGCGUAUGUUGAUCCUGGCAGAGAACAACAUCAGCACUGACCUGCAACAACAGAUUUCAGACCUGCUCUCAGAAGGAGAGGAGGAAGAGGACAAGGAUGGAGAGGCGCAUGGCAACAGCACGGGCAGAGAGAAGACAACAUGGCGAUCCCAGAGCAAUUCCAGCUCACAGAUGGUUCUGAUGACCUCCGGCCUGGGUGACAGUCUGCUUGCCGAGACCGAAAUGUGACCACAGAUACUGCCGAGCACUGUCAGGUGACGCCGAUAGCGAGAGACCAAUCAUUUUGCAUGAUCCUUAGCACAUGGAUUUGAUGAAACAAGUUGUGAAGAGGCACAAGCUUUUUGAACACCAAGUGACUUCAAAGUGAAUUAUUUAUUUUACAGAUGUAUAGCCUAUUUAUAAUGUGACCGUUUAUAUCUACACACGGGUAUGGCACAAGCGUGGGGCCGUGUCGUGCUUUUCUGUUCUAAUAAACAUCUUCUGAAAGA